UAAGACAGUGCAUGAAAAUUCGGGGAGGCAACUAUAAUUAUACUAUUUUUUUUCUCCACUAUACUCCAAAAGCCAAUUGCCAACCCAGUUUAUCAUCUCACUCCUUUCAACAACCGCUACUUGUGAGUUCUACUUCUCUGCUCUACGCUUCAAAUCUCCAUCUCAGAUUUCUGGUUUCGCUAUUCUGUAUCAAUCGAACGAAAAUGUCACAAGGUGAAGCUGGUGAAGGUAAGGAUGAGAUAAAGCCAACUCUUUCUCCAUAUGAAGAGGCAAUGGAGGCGUUAUCCUCAUUGAUUACGAAACGGAGUCGUGCUGAUAAGAGCAAUAAAGGGGAUAAAUAUGAGUUGCUCUUUGAUUAUAUCAAGAUAUUGGAACUAGAAGAACCAAUUAAGAAGAUGAAGAUUAUCCAUGUGGCAGGUACCAAAGGAAAGGGUUCAACUUGUGCAUUCACAGAGUCUAUAUUGCGCAACUGUGGCUUUCAUACCGGUCUUUUUACGUCUCCUCACCUCAUUGAUGUUAGAGAAAGAUUCCGAUUGGAUGGAAUGGACAUUUGUGAAGAGAAGUUUUUGGCAUAUUUUUGGUGGUGCUUCGAUAGAUUCAAGGAAAGAGCCACUGACGAGGUCCCUAUGCCCACUUACUUUCGCUUCCUUGCGCUGUUAGCCUUCAAAAUAUUUGCAGCAGAGCAGGUUGAUGUUGCUAUUUUGGAGGUUGGACUAGGAGGCAAAUAUGAUGCAACAAAUGUGGUCGAGAAUCCAGUUGUUUGUGGCAUAGCUUCACUAGGGUAUGACCACAUGGAAAUUCUUGGAAAUACUCUUGGACAAAUUGCUGGAGAGAAGGCAGGAAUCUUCAAGCGAGGAGUGCCGGCAUUUACUGUUCCCCAGCCUGACGAAGCAAUGCUUGUGCUUGAAGAGAAGGCUUCUGAGUUAGAUGUACAUCUUGAGGUAGCUGCUCCACUUGAUGCCAGCGUGCUGAGUGGUUUACAUCUUGGGCUAGAGGGUGAGCACCAAUACAUUAAUGCUGGUCUUGCCAUUGCAUUAUGCUCUACUUGGCUACAGAGAACUGGCCACGUUGAAAUUAAUUACCUAAAAGAGAUGACACAUCUACCUGAGCAAUUUGUUAAAGGGCUAGCAACAGCUGCCUUACAAGGCCGUGCUCAAAUUGUACCUGACCAACUCAUAGAGAGUGAAAGCUUAGGGGACCUUGUGUUCUACUUGGAUGGUGCCCAUAGUCCUGAAAGCAUGGAUGUAUGUGCCAAAUGGUUUUCACUGGCAAUCAAAGGAGAUUACAAGCAACACAAUUCCUAUGCAAGUAAUCAUGGACAUAAUGAAUUGGGACCCUCACAUGAUUCAGUAGAGAUUAGCCAUCAUGAAGCGUCCAAGAAAAGUUCAACCCAGUUCUUACUCUUCAACUGUAUGUCAGUGAGGGAUCCUGAACUACUUCUUCCAAGGCUGGUGAGGGCGUGUGCUAGUCAUGGAGUCCACUUCCAGAAAGCGCUCUUUGUACCUAAUGUUUCAGUAUAUUACAAGGUGGGUACAAGUGCCUCAACUGCUGAUACUCAAGUUGAUCUGUCAUGGCAGCUGACUCUACAAAGAAUAUGGGAAAACCUUGUUCGUGGGGAAAAAGGCAAUGAUGUGAAGAAUACAGACCACACAUAUGAAGAAGUAACAGAUGAUUUGGAAAAAGGAGCUCAAAGUUGUGAGAACAGCAAAGUGUUUCCUUCACUCCCAGUAGCAAUAAAUUGGCUUAGAGACACUGUUCGUAAAAACCGAUCUGGUCGCUCCCAGGUUCUGGUGACGGGGUCUUUGCAUCUCGUGGGUGAUGUUCUAAGAUUAGUCAAGAAGUGAGCUGCUAACGUCUAUAGUUCCUCGGGUUUUCCAGUUCAUGGUUGCUUAUGAUGUUCCAAGGAAGAACAGAAAGACUUCAUAAAUUUGUUUUCUGUUUACUGUCCUGAAGCAUCAACCUCAGUUAAACCAGCUCCAGUUGAUCCCCAGCUCUCAUACUUUUGGUGAGUAAUUGGAGAUUGAUUUUUCAUGUAUUAAUUGCAUUUUCAAAAUCAUUGUGGUCCGGCCUUUCCCUAAAACCCGUGCAUGUGGGGUGCACGGGGAUACCCUUUUUAAUUGCCUUUUUUUUUAAUUUAUUAAGAAAAUAAAAUAGAUAAUACUUUACACUGAUAAAUGAAUUCUUCUAGUUUCAUUUCCAUAUAAAAGGAAAUGGGGUUCGAACCUAUGAUACAAUCUUAUUCUAUAA